AUGAAGAAGGAGUUUGGCGUGGCAUUGCUCAAUGAUGUCGAUUUCGCAAGCACGCUGACAAAGAUACCGCCAGACAGCUUCUCUUACGUCUCGGAAUUCUGCAAUCAUAUGGAGAAGACCGUCAAUAACGGGACGCUCAACAAGGGUCUAAAUGAGGCUGAUGUUGUCCUAGAUGUUGCGUGGAAUAUUUGGGCAUGGCAGCUAUGUAACGAGUUUGGUUGGUGGCACAUCGGCCCGCCUCAGUCUGAUGGCAACAACAUCGUCUCUUCGCAUCUUACGUCGGAGCGUUAUAAGCGCCAUUGCGACGACUGCUUCCUGGAGGUCAACGGCUUCAGACCAGCCAUGUCCCGAGGCACCACUGCAGACGAUUUCAACAAAUGGACAAAAGGAGGUUGGGAUGCGCCGUUCGAGAAGGUCAUGUUCGUCGAUGGCGAAUUCGAUAUGUGGAACUCGGCCACGAUGAGCUCAGUUUACCGGCCCGGCAGCCCUUGGAACGGUACGGAGGAGGUGCCUCGAAUGGUGGUUGCACGCGGAGGCCGCAUUCCGGACCUAGACCUUCUCCAUAUGAAUGAGGACGUGGUCGAGGCAUUGGCGGUUGUAACGAAGAAGCAGUUGAAGAUUAUGGAGAAAUGGCUCAGUGAGUGGAAGCCCGAGCAUUUAUAG